AUGGCAGGACAAGGUGAAGGACCAGCAAUCGGAAUCGAUCUCGGAACAACUUACUCAUGCGUCGGAGUUUGGCAGCAUGACCGUGUUGAGAUCAUCGCCAACGAUCAGGGAAACAGGACUACUCCGUCCUACGUUGGCUUCACCGACUCGGAGCGUCUCAUCGGAGACGCCGCCAAGAACCAGGUGGCCAUGAACCCUAUCAACACCGUCUUUGAUGCAAAGAGGCUGAUUGGCCGCAGGUUUUUGGAUGCAUCGGUUCAGGGCGACAUCAAGUUGUGGCCUUUUAAGGUUGUCCCCGGAACCGGAGACAAGCCCAUGAUCAUUGUCACCUAUAAAGGGGAAGAAAAACAAUUUUCCGCGGAAGAGAUCUCUUCCAUGGUGCUGAUCAAGAUGAAAGAGAUUGCCGAAGCUUACCUUGGCACAACUGUGAAGAAUGCUGUCGUCACUGUUCCGGCUUAUUUUAACGAUUCUCAACGCCAAGCAACCAAGGAUGCCGGCAUAAUCGCUGGCCUCAACGUCAUGCGAAUCAUCAACGAACCGACUGCUGCGGCUAUUGCUUAUGGUUUGGAUAAGAAGGCAACCAGUGUUGGCGAGAAAAACGUGUUGAUUUUCGAUCUCGGGGGCGGAACUUUUGACGUUUCGAUUCUCACCAUUGAGGAAGGCAUAUUUGAGGUUAAGUCCACAGCUGGAGAUACCCAUCUUGGAGGUGAAGAUUUCGACAACAGAUUGGUGAAUCACUUUGUUCAGGAGUUUAAGAGAAAGAACAAGAAGGAUAUCAGCGGAAACCCGCGCGCCCUGAGGAGGUUGCGGACAUCUUGCGAGAGGGCAAAGAGGACUCUUUCCUCCACCGCUCAGACAACCAUUGAGAUUGAUUCACUCUUCGAAGGGAUCGAUUUCUAUUCCAUCAUCACUCGGGCUAGGUUCGAGGAACUUAAUAUGGAUCUGUUCCGAAAAUGUAUGGACCCGGUGGAGAAGUGUUUGAGGGAUGCUAAGAUGGACAAGAGCUCCAUUCACGAGGUUGUUCUUGUUGGGGGUUCAACUAGAAUCCCUAAAGUCCAACAACUCCUUCAGGACUUUUUCAACGGGAAAGAGCUUUGCAAGAGCAUCAACCCGGACGAGGCGGUCGCUUAUGGUGCAGCAGUCCAAGCUGCUAUCUUGGGUAAUGUUGAUAAUGAGAAGGUGCAAGACAUCUUGCUUUUGGACGUUACUCCGCUUUCGCUCGGCCUCGAAACCGCGGGAGGCGUCAUGACCGUUUUGAUUAACAGGAAUACCACCAUUCCGACCAAGAAGGAGCAGGUUUUCUCCACCUACUCCGACGACCAACCCGGGGUGUUGAUUCAGGUGUUCGAGGGAGAGAGGGCGAGAACCCGAGACAAUAACUUGCUCGGUCAAUUCGAGCUUUCGGGCAUACCUCCGGCUCCCAGGGGUGCUCCGCAGAUUACAGUGUGUUUUGAUAUUGAUGCCAAUGGUAUUCUGAAUGUGUCUGCUGAGGACAAGACCACUGGGAAAAAGAACAAGAUUACAAUCAGUAAUAACAAAGGAAGGUUGUCUAAGGAGGAAAUUGAGAAGAUGGUUGAAGAAGCUGCCAAGUACAAGUCGGAAGACGAAGAGCACAAGAAGAAGGUUGAGGCCAAGAAUGCUUUGGAAAACUAUGCCUACAACAUGAGAAAUACGGUGAAGGAUGACAAGAUCGGUUCCAAGCUCGAUCCGGCCGACAAGAAGAAGAUUGAGGAUGCUAUUGAGUCCAGCAUCCAGUGGGUGGAAGGCAACCAACUUGCUGAAACUGAUGAGUUUGAGGACAAGAUGAAGGAGCUGGAAAGUAUUUGCAACCCCAUCAUUGCCAACAUGUACCAAGGUGUUGGUGGUGGUAAUUCAUCCAUGGAUGCAAACGAAGCUCCUCCUCCUCCUCGUGGUUCCGGUGCCGGUCCCAAGAUUGAGGAGGUCGACUAA